AUGGCGUCCCCCUCUAUUCUUCCUUCUUUGGCGGCGGUGUACUACCCGAGCUCGUCCACUUUCGAUGAAUUGGAUCGGGAUGACCUGCGCUAUACUUACGGAGUUGAGGAUGACGCGCAAGUGAUUAUCCCCACUGGAAUACAUCAAUUCUUCAAUCCCCCUGCUGGCUCUAGCACCUUCUUUAAAGAGCAAUUUGUGGCGGGCCUUCGUCUUCCUAUCCACCCUUUCUUUUCCGACAUAUGCCGCUACUUCCGAAUUCCCCUGGGACAACUGACACCCAACUCCAUAAGGAUCCUCUAUGGCUUUGUAGUGAUAUGUGAUAGACGUCGACACCGAGCCCCUCGUCCGGUGCCCGACUCAGGUCCAUCGUCUAUCCCCUCUCCUCCUCCAGCCGCAGCUGCCUCUCCUCCACCUCCCAUUGUGACUCCGCCUCCAAUCCCGAGCCAGGUAAAUGAUCCCCCUACUUCGUCUGAUAUUCAGGUCGAGCCUCCGUUGGCUCAACCUUCCACAUCGCAGGAACCUCAAGGCGACGAAGCUGGCCCCUCAGAACGCCCUUCAGUUACCCCACCUGUAGCACCUUCUCAGGGGCCUUCUUCAGCUCCUUCUGGCUCAACUGCUGAGCCCUCAGCUCCUCUUGGCUCAGCUGCCGGUCCCUCAGAACCACCCCCGAUUACUCAUCACUGUUACUGUACUACUGUCCCUUCUAAGGAGAGGUUAUGGUCACGAGCAGAUGUUCCCACCAGCUCCCUCAAGAUAAAAGGUCGUCUAGCCACUCUAUGGGAAGAAAGCAUACAGCACAUGGACUUCUUGCCUCCCCUAGCCCAGAUGGACAAAUUCGUAGAGUUGUAUAUCAAGAAUAAGGUGUUGCGGGACCAGGUUGCCGAACUGGAACUGCAAUUGAAUGAUCCUGCCCAAGCUAGUCAUGCUUUACGGGCCGAGAUAAAAGAUUUGACCAAAAAGAAGAAUAGUCUGGAAGUAUCCCUAGCGCUGGCCAACCAUGAACUUAAAGAUCUCCGGGAAAAGCAAAGCCGAGUCGAUAUUGUGCACCAGCAGAGUAUAAAUCAACAAGCUUUAAAACAUCAACGAGCUAUGGAACAAUUGGCUCAGAAGUUGCGUGCUGCCGAGACUUUGGCCAGGAACAAGAUAAGAAGUUGA